AUGAAUGGCCCAGAAGUCUCUUCAGAUAUGGCCGCUGCCAAAAGCCACCUGGAAUUUCUGCCUGAGGAGUUGAUCCUCACAAUUGUGGACCAUCUGGAUUGUGAAAACUUCCAGAGUCUGCGCGCCCUCAGUCAGGCGAGCCAACGGCUCCACCGUCUCACUCUGGAACAUUUGUACCAUGGGUUUCCUGGCCGCAACUCUGAGCUUUUCCUCCGCACCAUCGCCAAGUCUCCCAAACUGGCCAGCCAUGUGAAGCAGGCAAUAUGGCACCAAGAGCGCAGAACACGCCUCCACAUCGACAACAUCGAGAAAACGCACAUAGUCCGGAAGCUGAACCAACUCGUCGUUCCCCAACAGGGCACCGACCUCGCCGAACAGUUUGCCAAGUUUGGAAAGAACGACGACUAUUGGUACAUGGAAGUCCUGCUGCUCUUCAUGCCGAACCUCGAGAGCCUCACGAUCCGCGACUCCUGGCUAUGGGACGACCACCACUACUGGUUCAAAUCACUAAGUCCAUUCUUCAAUCCGCUGUGCAACAGCAAGCUUACAACAGCGACGCUCUACGGACCCCUACGCAUCGAGAACACCGUGCCUUUACUCACCAUCCCCUCCCUGCGCACCUUAGAACUCACCCAAGUCAUCGUCAUGCGACGCGAAGGCUACCGCGUAUUUCAGUGGUCCCUAUGGCCCGUCGCCCGCCUCUUACCGGACCGCGAUCCCAUCGCAGAAACAGGAUCAAACCUCGAGACCCUCGCACUGAGGGAGAGUGACAUCGACCUAGCACACCUCCUGCCUAUACUGCGCGGCAUCAAAGCCCUCAAAUCCUUCACAUACGAACAUCACCCCAACGACCUCGCCGUGCAGACCGACACUGCCGUGCACGGGGAGCACGCGAAUAAAGACGCGGUGUCUCGCAUCUGCGAGAUGCACUGCGCGUCCCUGACGCACCUCCGCAUCCGCGACACGCAGGUCUGGGACGCAGCAGACUGCAGCACAUUAUUCACCCCAUCUCAAAGCGACGACAAGACACAUUCCCACUCGGCUCUGCAGACGCUGGACAUUGGCCCUUUCACGCCUCCUGGGGUCUCAGAUACAGAAACCAAUACAGAAUCGGCAGCCGAUCCAACCCUCACCACCUCCAGCGCGAGAUUCCUCCACGCACUACCCGCCACCCUGAAAACCUUGACUCUGCAAAUCUCAUACACGCACACACCAACCCCAUUCCUCCGUGCCCUGGCCCAAAACCUCCCGCACACCCACACAGGCCUGCGCGACAUAGUCCUCAGCGACUGGCGACCAACGCUGGGCUGGUAUCCGGACGCACUGGCGGCGCUGCAGCAGGAGUUUCAGGCUGUGGGUGUGCGGCUUGGGUCGGUGGCGGGGGAUGUGCGUGGAUUUUAUGAGGCAGAGCCGUUGCUCGUUGAUGAGGAGGCGGAGGCGGGGUGGGUCGUGGUUACGGAUUUGGGGUUCGGGUGGGGUGCGGGAUAG